ACAGUGACAGACUCAUCUGUGAUGGUGCAGACUGAGCAGGCGUCCUCCUCCACAGCUCCAGUCGGAUAACUGCACUCCUCAUAGCAUGUUGUGAUAGAAAACAAUCGCCGUCGCAGGGAAAAUGCAGAAGCAAUAGCAUGCCACUCAUUUUUGAGCAUGGCAGAUAAAAAGGGAAAAACCCCGACUCCAAUCAAAACACUCACAAAGAAACAGCAACAAGAGCUCAAGAAAAAGGAGGAAGAAAAAGCAGCAGAUGUUUUUGAAGAAUUCUUGGCAUCAUUUGAGUCCAACAAGAAAAGUAGAGUGAAAACUUUUGUCCACGGGGGCAUCGUGAACGCCACUAAAGAGGAGGAAGCAGCAGAGCUCAACAAAAGUAAACUGUAUCAACCAGCCACCAAGUUCAGCCGUGAGUCCAAGCAUGUCUCACCGGUAUCAGCUGUCGACAGCAAAAAGGCCGCUUAUAAAAGAAAGGCAGAAGAAAAGAAGAAAAGUAAUCUGGAACUCUUCAAAGAAGAACUUAAGAUAAUACAAGAAGAGCGGGAAGAAAGGUUUAAGAGGAAGAAAUAUGACCCCGACAGUGGAGGAGGAAGAGGAGGAGGAGAUCUGGACAUACCAUUAUCAGCACGAUCAACUUUAUACGAUGACCUGAUGACACCCACCACCACUAACCUCUACAUCAGCUGCAUCAGCCAGAAGAUGAACGAGGAGAUGCUUUGCCAAGAGUUUUGUAAAUAUGGCCCCCUGGCUAGUGUGAAGAUAAUGUGGCCACGGACAGAGGAGGAGCGCUGCCGGACCUCCAACAGAGCCUUUGUGGCUUUCAUGACGCGGAAAGAUGCAGAAAGAGCCUUGGCUGCACUUGAUGGAAAAGUAAUCAUGGGGUUUGAGAUGAAGCUGGGAUGGGGUAAACCAGCUCGCAUUCCACCUCAGCCUCUCUACACACCAGUCGGGGUGAGGGCCACGCCGCCACCUCCGUCCGGUCUGCCUUUCAAUGCGCAGCCAAGGGAUCGAUUCCGCAAUGACUUCACCAAGCCGCUGGGCAUGUCCAAAGGGGAGCUGGACAAGACUCUGUCCGAAGCCGUAGUCAAAGUGGUUAUCCCGACAGACAGGAAUCUAUUAUUACUCAUUCACAGGAUGAUAGAGUUUGUGGUGCGUGAAGGCCAUGUGUUUGAAGCUGUGAUAAUGAGCAAGGAGCUAAACAAUCCAGAUUACAGGUUCCUUUUCAACAACAAAAGUCAAGACCACGUGUACUAUCGCUGGAAACUGUUCUCCAUCCUCCAGGGAGAGUCCCCUACAGAGUGGAGGACCACAGAUUUCCGUAUGUUCCGCGGUGGCUCCAUAUGGAGACCCCCUGUCCUAAACAGCUACUCUCAGAGAGAUGAAGAUAGGGCUGAAGUGAGGGAAGAGGCUCCCCCUGAGGAGGAGGUGAAGAAAGGGCAGCUUAGGGCCGAGCACAGAAAGAGACUGCAGACAUUGCUCACAGAGCUCAUUCCAGGCAGAGAAGAUAUCGCCAAAGCCAUGCUGUUCUGUCUCGAGCGAGCAGAUGCAGCCGAGGAAGUCGUGACACACGUCACUGAAUCUUUUUCUUUGCUUCACACACCUCUUCAGAAGAAGGCCAGUGCUCCUCCUUUAAGUCUUUAUAGGAACAAAAGUGUACAGACGGUCGAUUAUGACUUUAUUUCUUUGCAUCAUUUUUGUUUGUCCUCAUUCUUACAGAUCGCCAGAUUGUACCUCGUGUCAGACAUCUUGCACAACUCCUGCGCCAAAGUAGCUGGUGCAUCAUAUUACCGUAAAUACUUUGAAACAAAGCUUGCACAGAUCUUUGGAGACCUUAAUGCAGCACACAAAAACAUACAGGCCAGGCUGCAGGCUGAGCAGUUCAAGCAAAGAGUCAUGGGUUGUUUCCGAGCAUGGGAAGACUGGGCCAUCUACCCUGAGUCUUAUCUUAUCCACCUUCAAAACAUCUUUCUGGGCUUUGCCAAAGCAGAGGAGGACUCCACAGAGACGGCAGAGGACGCGUCUUCCGAUCUAGAUGGUGCGCCAAUGGACAGCGAAACUGUUGGUUCAAACUCGGCUCUUGUGGAUGACAUCGACGGCUGCCCCAUGGGCUGGGACCCUCUGGAUGGAGUCCCCGUUGACGACAUUGACGGUGUUCCCCUCGGAGUCGCUGUUGAUGACAUUAACGGGAUGCCGUUGGAUGAGAGCAGCGCUUCUUUGUCUAAGUGGGAACGGACGGGUGACAACGGGACUUUCUCUCAAGCCAAGAUGGAGUCCAAGUGGGACAUGUUGGUGGAGCAAGACAAUGAAGACGAGGUGACUGUGAGUGUCAACUCACAGGAGGGGAAUAAAGACUCGGAAAGCGACAGCAGCGAUGACUCCAGCAGCUCGCCCAAAUACGACAGUGCAGCCUUCCAGAGCUCCCUCCGAAGUUUUCAGAUGUCUGAGAGCAAAAGGAAAAGGCUGAGAGAGCUGGAGGUUAAGGUCAUGAAGAUCCAGGAUGAGCUCGAGUCCGGCAAGAGGCCGAGGAAAUCUGGAUCGAGCAUACAGCAACAAGUGGAGCACUACAGGAACAAACUGCUGCAGAAGGAGUUUGAAAAGGAUGAAGAAAAGAACGAGAGACUGACGUCAAAAUGUAAAGACAAGUCAAAGGACGACAGGAGGAACAAAGAAAGGAGCAAGAGAAGCGAGAACGGCGACAGAAGAAGAGAACGAAGUAAAGAUCACGAUGAGCAGACCCGACCAUCGAGGAGCAUUUCUCCUUUAAAGACAAAGUCUCCUAAACAGUCCAAACGUUCCCGAUCCCCGACUCCAGACAGGAAGGCGGGGAAGUCCAGGUCUCGGUCACCACAUCGCUCCCGCAAGAAGACAAAGAAGAGCAAACAUUGACUCUCUGGACUUUGUCCUCCACUAGCCCACUGGUUUCCUCUUUGUACAGACCAGCAUGUCUGUCCCAUUGGUCCCCGCUCACACUAUCCCUGCAAGAUUCAGCACUCUUUUUGUAUGAAGACGUUUGAACACUGUAACUAAUUAUAUAUAUUUUUGUUUUUAUGCUUGUUUUAAAAAUGAUAACCUGCAAUAGUUCUGAGACUAAAUAAAUCACUCUUGGUGA